CUGCGAGGGGCUGAGCUGGUCAGGAUGCGGCAGGUUCCUGUGGGCACCAGGCUUGUCCUGGCUCUCGCCUUCGUCCUGGUUUGGGGAUCUUCAGUUCAAGGUUAUCCUGCUCGGAGAGCCAGGUACCAAUGGGUCCGCUGUAAACCAGAUGGCAUUUUUGCAAACUGCAUUGAGGAGAAAGGACCACGGUUCGACCUAAUAGCAGAGGAAUCCAACGUUGGCCCCCCGAUGACCGAUCCUGUUUUGAUGAGAGGAUUCCCGAAUGAUUUCUUCCCCAUUUCUGAUGACUAUUCUGGCUCCGGCUCCGGCUCUGGCUCUGGCUCUGGCUCCGGCUCUGGCUCUGGCUCUGGCUCCGGCUCAGGUUCCGGCUCCGGUUCCGGUUCUGGCUCUGGCUCGGGUUCUGGCUCCGGCUCGGGCUCUGGCUCAGGAAGCGGCUCCCUAGCUGACAUGGAAUGGGAAUACCAGCCAACAGAUGAAAACAAUAUUGUCUAUUUCAACUAUGGGCCUUUUGAUAGGAUGCUCACCGAGCAAAACCAAGAACAACCAGGAGAUUUUAUUAUAUGAAAGUAACCGUCUGUUUCUCCACCUCCACAUGAAACAAUGUGUUCAGUAUACUUUGUGUACCACGUUUAAAUGAGCAGUCUCAGGAUAAAGUUUUACAGAAAAUUUAAAAUGCUUGGAAAAGACUCUUGAAUCCUGUUACCCCUUUCCUCAUUAAUUGAUAAGGAAUUAUGCUUUAAUGCUGUUAUCUAUCUUAUUGUUCUGGAAAAUAUCCGCAGCUAUAUGUGUAUUGAAUCAUAACUUUAAAAGCCAUACUGGUUUCGAAAACUUUAUUUUGAUAGCAAGUUGAUGAACAAUACUUCAUACCUAAAGUGUUCCAUUGUGAAUUAAAGAUAUAUUCCUAUGUGAUUAAAAAGAAAAUAAAAUGAAACACAGUGGCCUCCUACCGUGGCUAUGUGAUGUGGUUUACAUGGUGAGGGGUAUAUAUUCUGUUAUGGCCAUUGGAUAUGACGGGGAAGACCAAAUGUUGUUUAUCUAAAAAUGUUGUGGGUUGGGGCUGGGGAUUUAGCUCAGUGGUAGAGCGCUUACCUAGGAAGCGCAAGGCCCUGGGUUCGGUCCCCAGCUCCGAAAAAAAGAACCAAAAAAAAAAAUGUUGUGGGUUGUAAAGUUAGAAACAUUAACACCUCAAAUAACAUAGAGUUGUGGUCUCAAUGCCUCAUAAUGUUUUGCCUUUUCCUAGAUGCUUGUUCAGGUUCAAACGUUACUCCAUUAAAGCAAACAUAACCAAA